AUGAGUGUAGCGACAAGGUCAUUUCGUAAUCCUAAAGAAGAUCAAGUUGAGCAUAGAAACGUGGAGGGACUUGUAGAGCAACGUCGACAAAAAGUUGCAAGAUCAAGAUCUGAUGACGAAGAUAUGGAUACUCCUAUGAAUGAUGAUCAAUCUACUUCUCCUAAAACACCCCAAACUGCACGUUAUUGUAGUCCUCAUCAAGAAAAAAUUUAUAUAAAUAGAAAUCUUGAAAGACAGUUCAAUGAACAAGAAUAUAUUAAUAUAUAG